UCUCCCCCGUCCUCCCCCCGGCUGAACCCGUCGAGAAGUUAGAUCAAACAUCCAGAUAGGAGCAGCAGCAGCAGCAGAGUAGGAAGAAGUCAUGGACAUCGACACGGGAAGCUGUGGGCGAGAACUGGGCAUCAAAGAUGAGGUGAUCAAGAAAGCUUGCUCCAUCUCCAUCAGAGCUCACCAGGCUCCAGCGGAGAAGCCCUUCCUCGUCGACAAGAUUCGCGGCAGCCCCUCGCAGGUCGUCAUCGCCUUCUCCGGGGCUUGGACUUCCGAUGCGUGGUCCACCCGAGAUGGCACAGCCAAAGCUUUCGGGGAGACCGAGGUCAACCUCAACUCGUUCCCUUCUCUCAGGAGCAUCGGCAAUGACAUAACCGCUAAGGUCAACGAGGCCUCCAUGAACCAAUUCCUACAGAUUAUGGAGAAGUCAGCGCUCCGCAGCGAGAUGGACAAGGCAACGAGGGACAGUAAGCCAAUAAUAUUCGCUGGCCAUUCUUCAGGCGGUCCGAUUGCGAUAUACGCCACCAUUUGGUUGCUCGAAGAGUACAAAAGAUUGAAAAAGACUCUGACUCAUGGUCCUUUCUGCUUAACGUUCGGAUCCCCUCUUACCACCGACCGCAUCUUUUGCCAUGCCGUCCGACGAGAGGAGUGGUCCGACCGCUUUGUCCACUUUGUCAUGAUCCAUGACAUUGUUCCCAGGAUUUUGCUCGCCCCUCUCUCCUCCACAAAAGAGUUCCUAGAACAAAGCCUCCCGUACCUCAUCUCACCUUCCGCACAUCACAAAGCUGAUUCAAUUGACAAGUCGAAAUUGACUGCCUUAUUUGACAACGUGAUGAGGAAUGCAUCAUGUGUUGCCAGCCAUGCGGCAUGCAUUCUAAUGGGCAGCACAAAUAUGCUAUUAGAUACCAUGACUAAAUUCGUUCAGUUAAGUCCUUACCGACCGUGUGGGCAAUACGUCUUUUGCACUGGGACUGGCCGGUUGGUUGUCGUGAAGAACCCGGAUGCUGUCUUUCAAUUGUUGUUUUACUCUUUACAGCUCGUGUCUGAAUCAGAGUCUCAGCAGAAGGCAGUAGCAAGCUUACCGGCACAUCUGGCUUAUGAAGAUGGACUAGACAAAAACCUGGACAUGCGCAAUGCAAUUCAUUUGGAGAACCUCUGCGAAUUACCUCUCAGCUCAGAUAACACUAUGGAUAUUGCGACCAAGACAAUUGUCGACACCCUAAAUGACCUUAAUCUAAGUGCGAGGGCAAGGCUGUGCCUUCGUGCUGCCGGAGAGUCAGAGAAGCAGAAAGAGGACAACCAGAAGAAGAUUGAACGCAAGAUGGGCAUGAUAAGGAAUGCCCUCGACGAUUUAGAAGGGUACCGGACCAUGUGCGAGACUCGUGGCAUGGGAUAUUUUGAUGCUUUCAAGGUGCAAAAGCAUGAGGACGACUUCAAGGCUAAUGUGAAGAGACUGGAGCUAGCAGGCAUAUGGGAUGAGAUUAUUGAGAUGCUAAAACGAGAUGAGCUCCCAGAUAAAUAUGAGGCAGAGAAAAGCUGGGUGAAACUUGGCACAGAGUUUCGACAACUUGUGGAGCCACUAGACGUGGCCAACUACUAUCGACACUUAAAGAAUGAAGACACAGGUCCUUACAUGACGAAAGGAAGACCGAGACGCUACAAGUAUACUCAAAGAUGGCGAGAACACGCCGAGCAGUUGCCAAGAGGUUCGUGUGGUGAAUCCUGCUUCUGGGCUGAUGUGGAAGAGCUCAACCUUGCAGUUACUAGUAACCAACCACGGAAUGAGCAGAUGGCUUUGAAUGUGGCGAAUAAACUGAAAGAAUGGCACGCUAAAGGGGAGGUGAAGAAGGAUGCAUUCCUGAAGGAGACCGCACUUGUCACAUGGUGGAAAACUCUCCCAGACAACCACGGAGCAAAGCUCUGCAUCAAAGAUCUAAUAGAGAGCUAAAAGAGGAUUCGCCUGAAAAUCCAGACACAACGAAUGGCUGGCAUCGUUCAAAUAGGAUUGUUGUCGUUUGCAGUUAAUUUUCCCUGUAAAUCAUGUGUCAUCAAUAAUACAAGUUGUGUAAGGAAAAAAAAAAAAAGAAUCAUUAUUAAAGUUCCUC